UCGACGAAAAUCACAUAAUUAGUUGUCUGUCGCCAUUUAAAUCGAUUAGACCUAACGCUACAGUAAAUUUCAUAUUGUGUCGAAAAUGGAAAAUAAUUCAGCCGCAGAUUCAGUUGAUACCAAGGUUGCCGUUGAGCCCAAAAUCCCAGCUUCAGCAGAUGGAAUUGAUGCUCGCCGAAACGACGCACUUAAUAAAAAAUUGAGUACUUCGCAACAAAUGCGAUCCCAGCAGCAGCAGCAGCUGUGUAUACCACCACCCAAUAUAGACUUAGAGUGUGCUUAUUACGAUAUGAUUCAUGAACAGCGCGGUUUAGCCAUUAUUUUAAAUCAUUUUAAAUUCGAUUCCAAAAAGUACAGAAAUGUGCAACGAAAUGGAACCGAAAAGGACUGUGAACGGUUGGAAAAAACAUUUCGUGAACUUGACUUCGAGGUGAACAUAUACAACGAUCUGAAGCGAGAGGAAAUCACAAGGAUUUUGCAGAAGGUUGCCGAUAUGGACCAUCAAAACAAUGACUGUAUUGUAGUUAUUGUACUAAGCCAUGGCGAAACAGGUCGGCUGGAAGCGCUAGAUGGAAAUUAUCCUGUGGAUGAUAUAUGGGAACCAUUUCUUAACAGCCAGUCAUUGAUUGGAAAGCCGAAAUUGUUUUUUAUACAGGCAUGUCGUGGAGAUUGGACAGAUCCAGGAGUAACUGUAAUGGCAAAGAAUUCCUCUUUGACAACCGGUGAUAUGGUUGACUCACUAGGUCACCACAAGCCACAAUAUUUCCAAAUUCCAUCCAUGGCUGACCUGUUGGUAAUGUACUCAACGUACGAAGGAUAUUACGCUUGGCGUAAUAAAGACCGUGGAUCUUGUUUCAUACAAGCGUUAUGUGAUGAACUCGAUACAAAUGGGACAAAAAAUGAUUUGUUUCAUCUUUUAACCGGAGUCAGCCGAAGGGUCGCAUUUACAUUCCAGUCAAAUGUUCCUAAUAAUGUUGAUAUGCAUGCGAUGAAACAGAUGCCUAGCAUUGUGUCGAUGUUGACGAGAAAUUUGUAUUUUACGCGAAAAGGAAAAAGGUCGGUGAAUCAUGAUACGGUUACUGAUUAGAUUUAUGUUGUGCGGACACAAGUGAUUGAAUUUGGAUUUUUAUCUAUAGUGUGUACAAGGCAAAAUAAUUUAUCAGCACGGACUUAGAAAAAUUAUAAUUUAAAUUGUUAACUGACCACAGUCAAUGCACUUACGAAAAUGUCAUUUUAUUGGUUGAUAAACUGCCGUUACAAAUACGAAAUUUA